GCUCGCGCCGCCGCUGCCCGUGACUGCGUCCCCUCCCCGCUGCCCUCCCUCACCCCCUCACCCCCCCCCCUCCGCCGCACGGAGCAGGUCCCGGGUGCUGGGGGAGACCCGGGGGCAGGAAAGGAGAAGAUGUUGCAAGAAGUGGAUCUGCAGGGACAGGCAGCACUAGGUGCAGAGCACAGACAAAUAACUGCAGCAUGAUGAGGAUCCCUGGGAAGGAACUGCACUGUUACAGGAUGUAUCCUUUCUGCUCUAUUAAUCAGCCACUCGAUGGGGAUUAACAGUGGAGCACCUCUUUGUGUCGCCUUUCCACCUCUCUGUAGCACGAAUAACAACUUCAGCACUUCUUCAAUAAUAAUUAUGAAACUGGUAUUAACUGAAUGGCAAUUAUGGAUUUUUAACUCUAACUCACAGUAAACCAGCAAGCCAUAUGUUGAAAUUCCUACCAAAUAGCUUUUCGUUCUUGGUGUCUCGUAUCUAUACAAGAAGUUGCAAGAUACCUGUUUGUACAAGAGGAAUAUAAGCAUUACUUGCCUGAGGAACAGAAGCAGAAAAGAGAAGACACCCUAACUUGUUCAUGGAGUUAUGGUAGUAUUAUUUAUAUAGAUAUAACAAAUAUAUAUAUAUUUUUAUGGUAAUGAAAAUGGCUCCUCAGAAUGCUGACUCGGAAUCUAUGCAAGUUCAAGAUCUACCUGUGGCACAGCUUCAGAAACCAGAGAACAAGGAGAAUGAAAGUAGGGAGGAGACCAUUAGUGAAGGAUCCAUAGACCGGAUACCAAUACGCCUGUGGGUGAUGCAUGGUGCAGUAAUGUUUGGCAGGGAGUUUUGUUAUGCCAUGGAGACAGCUUUGGUAACACCUGUGUUGUUACAAAUUGGUCUUCCUGAACAAUACUACAGCCUCACUUGGUUCCUCAGCCCCAUCCUGGGCUUGAUCUUCACUCCGCUCGGUUCGGCCAGUGACCGCUGCACGCUGAGCUGGGGCCGCCGGCGGCCUUUCAUCCUCGCCCUCUGCAUUGGUGUCCUCUUUGGAGUUGCACUUUUCCUUAAUGGUUCUGUUAUAGGUCUGGCUAUUGGUGACGUCCCGGACAAGCAGCCCAUCGGAAUAGUCCUCACGGUGCUCGGUGUGGUGGUGUUGGAUUUCUGCGCUGAUGCCACCGAAGGACCGAUUCGGGCCUACCUGUUGGAUGUGGUGGACAGUGAAGAGCAAGACAUGGCCCUUAACAUCCAUGCCUUUUCAGCUGGCCUCGGAGGAGCGAUUGGUUAUAUGUUAGGAGGGCUGGACUGGACACAGACCUUCUUGGGUGGUAUUUUUAAAUCUCAACAGCAAGUCCUUUUCUUCUUCGCAGCUAUUAUUUUUUCUGUCUCCGUUGCUCUCCACCUUUUCAGCAUUGAGGAGGAGCAAUAUAACCCUCAGCAGGACAGGAUUGAUGAGGAAGGAGACACGCUGUCCAGUGUCAAAUUCAGUGGCAGUCUCCCCCCUCUGAAUCGACUGAAUGUAAUCAGUGAGGAAGAGCCGUAUGGAACUUCCAUGUUUCAUGAUGAGGUUCAGUCAGAGCAUGAUCUCAAUAUGGAGUUCCUGGAGGUGAACAUUGUGAGAAGCAAGAGUGACUCGGUUCUGCACAUGCCUGAUGCCACACUGGAGAUCGAGUCAGAGCUGCUUUUCCUGCAUGACAUCGAACCCUCCAUUUUUCAGGAUGCUUCAUAUCCAAACACUCCCCACAACACAAGCCAGGAGAUCAUGAAGUCCAAACUCAACCACCUCUCUGCUUUCCUCAGGGACAGUGAGAAGGAGGAGGAGAUGUUGCUCGAUAAUCGCUUAAACGAAGAUAAAGUCCCAAACAUCAAUGGCUCCCUACCAAAAGAGUUUCUCAACGGGCACGCCAGGAUAGGCAUGAAGCAAUCCAGCACUUCCAACUCCAUGCGGAGGCGGCGGCACAUGUUCUACCGGCAGCCGUCCUACACCUUCUCCUACUACGGCAAGAUCGGCUCCCACCGGUACCGGUUCCGCCGCGCCAACGCCAUCGUGCUGAUCAAGUCGUCGCGCAGCAUGAACGACAUCUACGACAUGCAGAAACGGCAGCGCCAGCGGUGCCGCCACCGCAACCAGAGCGGCACCACCAACUCCAGCGGGGACACCGAGAGUGAGGAGGGCGAGACCGAGACCACUGUCAGGCUCCUGUGGCUGUCCAUGCUCAAGAUGCCAAAGGAGCUGCUGAGGCUCUGCGUCUGUCACCUCUUGACUUGGUUUUCCAUCAUUGCCGAGGCCGUGUUCUACACGGAUUUCAUGGGACAGGUCAUCUUCCAGGGCGAUCCGAAGGCCCCUUCCAACUCGACUGAGCUGCACGCCUACAAUGCUGGGGUUCAGAUGGGCUGCUGGGGGCUGGUGAUUUAUGCUGCUACUGCUGCUGUUUGUUCGGCCUUGUUGCAGAAAUAUUUGGAUAACUAUGACCUGAGCAUAAAAGUGAUCUACAUCCUGGGCACGCUGGGUUUUUCCCUUGGCACUGCAGUGAUGGCCAUGUUCCCCAACGUGUAUGUCACCAUGAUAAUGAUCAGCACGAUGGGAAUAGUGUCCAUGAGCAUCUCCUACUGCCCCUAUGCACUUCUGGGACAAUACCAUGAGAUUAAACAGUACAUUCACCACAGCCCUGGGAACUCGAAGCGAGGGUUCGGCAUAGACUGCGCCAUCCUGUCGUGCCAAGUUUACAUCUCCCAGAUCCUCGUGGCCUCCGCGCUCGGCGGCGUGGUGGACGCGGUCGGCACCGUCAGAGUCAUCCCCAUGGUGGCUUCUGUGGGGUCCUUCCUGGGGUUUUUGACAGCCACCUUCUUGGUGAUUUACCCCGAAGUGAACGAAGAGCCAAAGGAAGAGCAGAAAGGACUGGGUCCUCCGGAGGCAGCCGAGGGCGGCGGCGCGGGCGCGGAGAAACCGACGGUGCUGAAGCUGACGCGCAAAGGAGCCGCGGCGGCCGAGCCCGAGGGCGAGUCAGCCGUGUGAGCCCCUCGCUGCUCACCCACAUUCCAAGGAGUGCAGGUGCAGGAUCAAGAACUUUUGCUGGUUUGGUUUUUUGGGUUUGGUUGUUUGUUUGGUUUUUUUUUUUCAGGAAAAAAAAAACAAAUUAGGACCUUCACUACUCGUAACUAAAAUCUGCAGAAGAAAAGGCAGUUUUGUGCAAAAGUGUAAAUGAAGUUCUGUAGUCCUUCCUCUAGGUUUGAGCGGGUUGCUCGGAUGCUGAUUGCUUUCUCUACAACUUAGAGACGUCAUUUCUGAACACUUUUUUUAUUAAGAACACAUUUAGAUUUCGAGUAAGUUUUAUUAAUCUGCAUGAGACUCACAGUGUAUACAAUUAGCAGUUAGAAAAAAAUUUAAGUUUUCGGCUGUUUUUAAAGUAACGGAAAAUGGAAGCGAUCUCCACCUCUAGUCUCUUGCCAUUUUUUGUCUGAACAUUUCAGAUUUCGCUAGUGUAAUACCCAAAUCAAACGCUCAGACAAUGAUAAUUUUAUUUUUCAGGAGCACGGUAUUACUGGUCUGACAGCUACUUUAAUUUUAGACUUCAUGUUUUUGUUAGUGCAAUUACUACAGAAUCCUUUGAUUUGCAAUUAUUUUCAAGAAAAGCAAAAGCAAUUACUGCGGUUUCUGAGAAACUGCCGUGAAUUCUUCUUUAGUCAUAACUGUUCACAGCCACUCCCAAAUCUGCUGCUCUUCAGGGGAGGGUGACACUGGGUGCUGGAUUUCAGCUCUGGAUGGAAGGAGCAGCAGCUGGGAGAGGUGACCAGCACUCACAGGUUUUUUUAUCACAAGUGCUGCAUUUUAUGAAUGUCGUUGGAAUACGCUGUGACAAUUUUUAGCUGGGAAUUUUAUGUGCUGUGGUGAACUCGGGGGGUGGUUCUUGGCAUUUAAACCUGAUCAUCUCUGGAUGAAGCUGCCACGGAGAAAGGGCGUCUCCGGGGUCAGCUUCGUGGGAGUGGGCGUGCGGAUUCUCUUCCAUAGGGAAAGGAAGUCGUGGAUUAAUUGCACUUUUUAUGAUCCUUUAACCUCCUGGCUGGGAGCGCCGCAGCCGAGGUGAAGGCACGGGGUCAGUACAACAAGGUGAGCCCAAGGCCUACCUCUGUCACUUUAUGGCAUAGUCUGGGUUUGUAAAAAUCUCUGUCAGAAACAGUUUUUUAGGCCUUAAAAUUCCAGUGUUGCUGUUCCAGUCCCUGUGUUGGAGGAAUUGUAGGCUGAAGCUCUCCCGAGCUGCCAUUCCAGUGUCGCCAACACAUCCUCCUGCCCCCUUCCGUGGUUCAGGACACAGAUACAGUGCGAAGACAUUCUUCUGGGAAGAGCUUGCAAGGUGUGCUAGGUCUGAUUCACAAUAGGUUUGGAUCACUAUCCAGCAGCCACUUAAAGCAACCUUCCAAACCAAACUUAGUUUGUCCUUUCAGAAGAGUUUGUGAUGCUCUGGACUCAUUUUGGGGUGGGCCCUGGGCUGCCCUCAAUCCAUGUGCGGACAGACACAGAGCAGUGUGACAUUCUGCUGCCUCAAACUCCUCCUGCUCCAAGACUUUCAAAUGCCUGUGUCAAUCAUGCUGCAAUCCAGGCAAAGAAGCUCUAUUUCAAAAUGAGAAGCUGUUUUAAUACAUGUACUUGAAUUGUCCAUGUGUUUGAGAAAUGGAUGUUUGGGUGUAUUUGAGGGCUGGCGUCCCUGUCGAAUUCCUGGUGGCAUCCAUGGAUUUCUCAGCUGAAGGCUUCCAGUCAGCACCAAUGGCCUCUGCUGUCAAGGGUGACAUCACAAAGUUCUGAAGUACGUGUGAUCACACAGGAUGUAGGGGCUGGGUUUUUUUAACACAGUAUCUGAGAAACUCUUUUUUUUCCCCUUUGGGGUGAAUAUUUUUUAUUCAGGAACACGUACUGUGAACUGUGUUCAGCCAGGGGAGCGAUACUACUGAAGGGUGUGAGACCUUACUGAAGAAAUCAGUCGUGAGAAAUCUUGAACUGAUUUCUGCCAUGAAUUUAUCAUCUCAGUUACAUUUAAUAUAUUCUGUGAUGUUCACUGUUGCAGAGACGAUGUUGUGUUCCACCCUAGAACUGGAAUUCGUGUAAGUUACACACUUUAAAGUGGCUUUAAUGACUUUGUUUUGAAGCUCCCUGAAGAUUCUGCUUUCUGUUAAAUGACCUUCUGUCAAGUACUCCUCAUUUUAUAUCUCUUCUGCUGGAAAGGGUCUUCAGCAGUUUAAAAACCUGCAUCUUCUGACCAGUGCCAGCCUUACCCUUUCCCAUGAGUUCCAUUGAUCAGCCCAGAUCAAUCCUGGGUUACUCCACAUUGCACCUUCUAAGCCGAGCUCUCUUUUGCUGCACCAUCCCACUGACCAAGGACCUGCAGAGAGGGAGGAGAGGUCAAAGCUCCCUCUGACUUCACACCCACCAGAGGGACCAUGACAACCAUUUUGAGGGUGAGCUCACCCACGUUAUUGAGCUUUCUCAGCCGGGAGGCGAGGGAGGGAGGAAGGACCUUUCAAUGAUGUUUCCAACCCAGAGGUUUCAAGCAAAGGCGGGGCAGGGCCAGUUUUGUCCUGGCAGUGCUUGGGACAGCCUCAUUCUAAGAACUGGAUGGUCAAAAAAUCCGUCUCUGGAGUUGUUUGUUGGGGGCUCAUAAUGCAGGAGUACGCGCUGCCAUAGCAGAAGCUGAUUUCACCUCCCAUAACAGUGAAGGAAAUAAUUAUUCAUUGUAAACCACUGAAUAUUUUGUAGUGUUGCCAGAAUAAUUAACUCGGGCAGGCCCAGCCAAAGCAUCUCCUCCUGUCCCUAGGCCAGCCUGGGAACCCUCACACCACCUUCACCUGCUGAGGGCUUUUCCUUGGAUUUGAGUUUUCUUUCUCACCCCAGCACUUCUCAGGGUAGAGUGGGGCAACAGUUUAUUUCUUUCAUUUGUCCCUCACCUUAUCUUUUGAUACAGAAAUGAUUAUUUUUUUUUGCCACACUAUAAAGUAAAGUAAUACAAUUUAAGAGUUUAUUGCAGAAGUUGUGGGAAGAGAGGAUUUGAAGUGGCUUUUUUCGUUGGUGUUCCUUGUGACAACAAGCACCACUUUUUUGUUUGUGGGAUAUCACUGUCUACUCAAAGUCAUCCCCUUGGACCUUCACUUGCAGUAGCCUGAGGUUGGGUUGUUAAUUCUGGUUUGCUUGAUACUAUAAACAAGUUUGAACCUGUUUCUGCUGCAGUGACACCUCAGACACGAGGCAUCAUUUGUGCUCAGAGUCUCCAGGGCUGGAGAUGUUUGAUGUGAGAGCAGAGAAGCUUUAACUUCCACCCCUUGGAAGGCAGAUGUGUGGGUUUGGCCCUGUUUGGGUCAUUCCAAGAGUCCAGUCAGAUCUGUGCUGUUCAUAGAUGGCAAUUUCAGACUCCAGAAGCAAUAAUUCUCUUAGGAAUGUUUCUCUUCCUGCUGGUUUGAUGACUUUAUAGAGAUUUAUUGCCUAAAUAGGCCUUUUAAUAACAGGAAUCUGGUGUUUUGCUGGCACUGGCUGUGAGCAGUUAUGGGAAGACUGGGGUUGAUCAUCAUCAGGAGGGAGGAAGCCAGUAAAGCCAACAGAGGUCUGUGCUCAGUAACACACACCACGUCCUUCUCCCCUUUCCCUUGGAGCCUCUUUCCAGGCUCGAAAUAUUGGGCUGGAAGGAGGCGGGCUGCAAAUUCACCCUCCUGUUUUUCCUGCCAAUGGAUGGUGGCACACAGACCCUGGGAUGGAGCAGGAUGUUGGGGUUUGCCCCCCUUGCCACAGAGGCAAGGACCGAGUCCUUCUUAUCUCCCUCCCAUCUAAUCUGAAUCCCCCAGCACUUGGAUGACAGUGGCAACAAUGGUGCUUCUUGCCAGGUACCUCAUUAAAACCUGUUCCAUCCUUAGGAACAGGUUCCCUGGGUGAGCUUGGAUUCCUCCAGCAUCCACCACAAAGGCAGGAUUUUCCUGGCUGGCAGGUCUCACAGCCCUGCAAGCUGAGUCACAUUUAGGGGUAAAGGUGGAGAAAGUCAGUUUGUUCUUGGGAAAGCUGCACCCACAUCUGGGCAGGAGGGAAGUGCAGGGAGGGCAGGUGCCUUCCUGGAGUCCCUGAAUCGUAGUCCAGUCACUGAGACCUGGGGUUUUAGGGCUGUGUGUGUGUGUGUCUGUUCCUGUGUGUCUGUACAUUUGCAGACACACUGUUCAUCAAAAUACCUUUGGGGGUUGUGUGCUCACUGUCACCACUCCACAAUGUCUUCAACUGAGUUCUUCCAGGUUUCCCCUCAUCCCAGUCCGAUGCUCAGCUAUAAUGUAUCCUAUUUAAAUGAACAAGUAAACUCCUGCAUGAUAUUCCAAGCACAUGUAGCAGCUUCGGCAUCUGAAGUGUCUGUUGUGAGAGAGAAGCUGGUUUUCUUUGCAGCUGUUUUGUCCUCGUUUCCUUUGAAUAGGCCAAUAAUGUAACGGACACCAAAUGUUGCACAGAAAUGUUGUUGAUGACUGUGUGGAAGAAAUACCAAAUUUUAUUUUCUUUGCAGAAACUUUAUGGUUCCAGAGAGUCCUUAGCUGUUUUCCUUCCUUAAACGACAAAGCUGAACGUUGUAAAGUGCGUCAAAAAAGAAAAAAAAAAGGUCAUUUGGAAAAAAAGGGGAGCUACCCAAGUUUUCUGUCUUGUCAUGUUGCAUCCAAAGGAGCUGCAGAAGGUCAAAUACCAACUGGGGUUUGAUUCUGAGGCUCAGCAGUUCAGAAUUGCCUUAGAAAACAACAAAAAGGCUCAAUUCCUUCUCCUAACACAGCGCUCACGCCCACCGAUCUGCCUCAUUAAGAUGUUCCAGGUUUUCCUGGAAAUCACCUCCUGGAAAACUUGAUUUGGUUUGGUUCCUCAUCCCAAGCAGCACUGUGGCUUUCACCUGAAACCCAGUGUCACCCUCCCUGGGGCAGGGAGGGUGAGGGUGCCCAGGAGGGGCAAAUACGACCCCCCUAAAGGAAGCAUCUGCUAUAAUUAAAGGGCUUUUGAUGCCCUUGUGACCUGCUAAAGUUUUAGGGAAAAACCCAGGACACAGUUUCAAUUUGACAUGCUCUGGCACAUUCAUUCUUAACUUGGAAGCUGGGGGUGAAGCUCUGGGCACGUUUAGCCAAACUCUGGACCUUCUCAGUCCUUGGCAAGAGCCGAAUUGUAAUAAAUAACCCCAAAAUCCAGACCUUUCUCUCAACAAAUUGGCAGUUCCCCACAUGAAUUUGGUUUCCUGAUGUAACAUGAACACUAAGCCCUUUCGGUAGCCAAAUGACCAGCUUAUUUUAAAUGCCUCAUAUUACUAGAAAGCUGCAUAUAGGCAUCUCAUAGCGGGGAAAAAUAAAUUAAAAAAAAAAAAUUAAAAAAAAAAGAGAAUAUUUAGUUCCUUUGUGAACUGGCCAUAUGACAACUACUUUUUUAUCAACUUAUUAAGUUGGGGGCACUAUAAUAGCUCUGGCUGAGUUUAGCAAUGUUUAUAAGCAUGUGUUAACACAUAAUGUUGUUUUAUGAGGAAAAAGGGAUAAGAAAAGUGAUGUCACAGAUGAAUGUUUGAGUGCGUAGACGGCAUAAUGGUAGUAUGAUUUUUAUUUCUACACUGUUGAGCUUAUUUUCUGUUUUAAGGUUAAAACAAAAAAAAAAAGAUUUGUUGCAUGAGAACUGUUUUAUUGUGUUCUGCACUUUCUGUUCUUUUUUGUAUAAUCUUGAUUUUUUUUUUCAUUUACGCAUAGAAAAGGAAAACAAAUCAAUUUAGAGAUAUUCUACUCCACGAGACAUUGUGUUCCGAUCCGUUGUUCCGAAGUUCGAUCUUAAUAAACAUUCAGUAAAGUU